UUUAUUUUAUUUUAUUUUAUUGUGAUUUUUCGUUUUUCUUUUUCCUCCACCCCUCUCGAGCUGUCGGGAUUCAAGGUCCGAGGUUCGAUUUCAACUUCUCGAUUGCAGAGAACAACAAAAAAUUGAGGUUCGGCAUGGCUUUAAAAGGGAACUUGGGGGAUGCCAGGAUUCCAAGAUUUGUAUCUGUCAUUAGCGUGAUUGGCUUGUGUUUCUUCUUCUAUAUUCUUGGGGCAUGGCAAAGAAGUGGAUCGGGGAAAGGGGACAGCAUAGCCCUACAAGUCAAUGAGAUAACAGACUGCAAUCUCAUACCAAAUCUCAAGUUUGAGACACAUCACAAUAGAGAAAACAUCCCCGAUGAUGUCUAUGACUCAAACAUCCGAAUGUUCAAGCCUUGUGAUGAUACCUAUAAUGAUUAUACUCCUUGUCAAGAUCAAAGGCGAGCAAUGACUUUUCCUAGAGAAAAUAUGAUAUAUAGAGAGAGGCAUUGUCCUCCAGAUAAAGAGAAGUUGUAUUGUCUCAUACCAGCACCUGAAGGUUGGGUUAAUCCAUUUCCAUGGCCAAAGAGCCGAGAUCUUGUUCCUUAUGCAAAUGCUCCUUAUAAGAGUUUGACGGUUGAGAAGGCAGUUCAGAAUUGGGUUCAAUAUGAAGGAAAUGUGUUCAGGUUUCCAGGGGGAGGAACACAGUUUCCACAGGGAGCAGAUAAGUAUAUAGAUCAACUGGCAUCUGUUAUCCCUAUUGCUAAUGGCACUGUUAGAACCGUGCUGGAUACUGGUUGUGGGGUAGCUAGCUUGGGUGCAUAUCUAUUUAAAAAAAAUGUGAUAGCCAUGUCACUUGCUCCAAAGGACAAUCAUGAGGCACAGGUUCAAUUCGCACUGGAAAGAGGCGUGCCAGCAGUCAUCGGAGUUUUUGGGUCCAUAAAACUUCCAUAUCCAUCAAGAGCUUUUGAUAUGGCUCACUGUUCAAGGUGUUUAAUUCCAUGGGGAUCCAAUGAGGGAAUGUAUAUGAUGGAGGUUGAUCGGGUUCUUAGGCCAGGUGGAUUUUGGGUGCUUUCUGGUCCUCCGAUUAAUUGGAAGAGCAACUACUUGGCAUGGGAGCGGACUAAGGAGGAUCUUGAGGAGGAGCAGAGGAAGAUCGAAGAAAUUGCUGAACUUCUUUGCUGGGAGAAGUUCUCGGAGAAGGGUGAAAUUGCUGUCUGGAGAAAAAGAAUAAAUGGUGAUUCCUGUCCUGGGAGGCAAGAUGAAACUCGUGUCAAAAUGUGUGAAUCAGCACGUGCGGAUGAUGUUUGGUACAAGAAGAUGGAAGCAUGUGUAACUCCUUAUCCUGAAGUUAGUAGUCCUGAAGAGGUUUCAGGAGGAGCUCUAAAGACUUUCCCAGAGAGAUUAACUGCCGUACCUCCUCGAAUAGCUUCAGGUUCUGUACCCAGGAUCUCGGUUGAAUCCUAUCAUCAAGAUAACAACUUGUGGAAGAAGCGGAUUAAAGCUUACAAAAGUGUAAACCAGUUACUUGACACUGGGAGAUAUCGGAAUAUCAUGGACAUGAAUGCAGGAUUUGGCAGUUUUGCUGCAGCACUUGAAUCUUCCAAAUUAUGGGUCAUGAACGUCGUGCCUACUAUUGCUGAGAAAUCCAUGCUUGGUGUCAUAUAUGAAAGAGGUUUAAUUGGGAUAUAUCAUGAUUGGUGUGAAGCUUUCUCCACUUACCCAAGGACAUAUGACCUCAUCCAUGCUAAUGGUGUUUUCAGCUUGUACAGGAACAGGUGCAAGAUGGAAGACAUUCUCUUAGAGAUGGAUAGAAUCUUGCGGCCAGAAGGUGCAGUUAUAUUUCGAGACCGAGUUGAUAUUCUCGUGAAGAUAAAGAAAAUCGCUGGUGGCAUGAGAUGGGAUGUGAAGCUUGCGGAUCACGAGGACGGGCCUCAUGUAAGAGAGAAGGUAUUGUAUGUUGUGAAGAACUACUGGGUUGGUGGAGGAAACAAUACUGCAGAAGAUUGAAGGAGAUUGACACUGAAGAACUGGAUACUCUUUAUGAAUUUUGCGAGUCAGUUGGAUGGAUGAUCUAGGUAUUAACUAUGGCAUUUUUGACCCUGUUGAUAGUAGUUACAGUGGGAGACCUGCAGAUAUUCUCUUGUAAUUUAUUUGUUUGGUAAUUAUUUUUUGAAAUAAAAAGUAUGUAUGUAAAUGUUA